GAGUGACUGUUGGGGUGGUUCUAAAGCAAGUUCGAGCAAGGGAAUCGAUCGCAAUAGACACUCUCAAGCCUCAAGCUCGAAUCAUGGAGACCAUAGAACAAUCUAUCAUCCCAGGUUUGCCUGAUGAUUUGGCUUUGAAAUGCAUAGCGAAGCUUUCUCACGGCUAUCAUGGAACGCUCGAGUGUGUCUCUAAAGGUUGGAGAGAUCUAGUUCGAAGUGAGGCUUACACUCGUGCUAUAAAGCUAGAAAUGGAUGGUCAGGGAGCUGGUUGUUUGUUCAUUCUAACAACCAAUGGGUUGCUUAUGACCCUGAUGCUGAUCGGUGGCAUCCAUUGCCUAGGGACGGAGCUAUUCAGGAUGGCUGAGAUCAUUAUGGUUUUGCGUGUGUUUGCGUUUCGAGCUGUCUUCUUGUGAUCGGGGGUUGC